UCAACACCCACACCCUUACCGUAAGGAAACACUCCCUCGGCGCUGCGCUCGUUUCAUCUUCGACAAUCAUCGCUCCUUUAUCCCAGUCGAGCUCCCAGCAUCACGCGCGAACCAGCGCGCAAAGCCUCUGAUUCUUAAUGGUACUUGGCCGUGUGGCGGAGUACUUCACCCUGUCCGGCGCGACAAAGGCGGAUUACGUGAACCAUGAACGGGACGAGCUUGAGGUGGACCUUGGAGAUCCGCCAUCCAUCGACAGGGAUCCGGUAGAACAAAACACGAUGGACCUGGAAGCGGCUCGGACGCCGUACAGAGAUGCAAUUCUUGCAGGAGGCCUUGGCGGCUGCACUGGAGAUAUGCUCAUGCAUUCGCUGGAUACCAUCAAAACCAGGCAACAGGGUGAUCCCCAUAUGCCACCCAAGUACACCUCUAUGGGCUCAACAUAUUACACCAUUUGGCGGCAGGAAGGCAUCAGACGAGGUCUUUAUGGAGGCGUAACGCCCGCGUUUGGUGGAUCACUGCUCGGGACGAUGAUAUUUUUUGGCAGUUACGAGUGGACUAAACGGUGGAUGGUUGAUAUGGGCGUUCCUUCGCCAAUUGCCUACUUUAGCGGAGGUUUGGUAGCUGACCUGUUCGCCGCGCCGGUCUACGUCCCAUCCGAAGUCUUGAAGACGCGACUUCAACUACAGGGUCGUUACAAUAAUCCGUACUUCAAUUCCGGCUACAAUUAUCGCAACACAAUUGACGCGGCCCGAACAAUUGUCCGGACAGAGGGCUUUUCUGCUCUUUUCCAUGGAUACAAGGCUACAUUGGCCCGAGAUCUUCCAUUUUCGGCUUUGCAGUUUGCGUUUUAUGAACAAGAGCAGAAACUGGCAAAGGCUUGGGUUGGGUCGAAGGAUAUUGGUCUAAUUCUAGAAAUCCUGACUGGCGCCAGUGCUGGAGGCUUGGCUGGUGUCAUUACGUGCCCGCUUGACGUUGUCAAGACACGGAUACAGACGCAACAAAAUCCUGAGGCGGCCCAAGCGUUUCAAAGAACGGCUCAACAUCAACAUAGUACAAACCUGUCCGGCACCCAUGCCGCCCCUGCAUCCGGUCCCACGUCCAAGCACACCACCUCUGCCACCCCAGGUCCCGGGCAACUGCCUUCCGAGCAGUCGAAGCGCGUCAUCUCUACCUCUUCGCCCUCAACCUCGUUGAGACAACACUCUGCCACUACGCUAGACACUUCAUCUCUCAUGAAAGGCUUGCGGUUGAUCUACCAAACAGAGGGCGUCUGGGGCUGCUUCCGUGGGGUGGGCCCGAGAUUUGUGUGGACCAGCAUCCAGAGCGGCACCAUGCUUGUGCUCUACCAAACGUUACUGAAACAUUUUUCCAAGUCUAGAGACUCCCAAGACUCUCAAGAAUAGAUAUAGACUUUCCUAGCGUGAGUAAAACUUAGACAUUAGCGGUGUCUGGUUUAUGGACGUCGGAGGCAAAGAACAGGUCCCCAGCUGUAAAAUACGUUUCCAUUUCCCUGGACCCAUGGUUUGUUUUAGCAUUGGGCGGCGUUUGUAUACUAUCAGUCGGGUUACAUGGUUGUGAAGAGUCAUAGAUCGCACUGUCAAUAGAGAACAAGGCUUAACCGCUCCGCU